UCCAGCUAAAAAGUCAUCAGUCCCAUCGCAUGAGCAUCGAACAAUAUAAGCUGUCAGUCGCUCAUGGAUGCUCGCAGCGCCGCAUCAGUCACCCACGCAAACGAACCUCGUCUCGGUCCACGGCGCGCAUGUCAGUUCGUCUGCUAUCGCACCGAGUCAGCAGCAGCAGCAGCAGCAGCAGCUCGUUGUCUUCUCUCUGCGCGAAAAAAAGGGGUGUUGAUAAUCGCCGAGAGAGAGAGAGAGAGCCGUGUAAUGAGGUUCCCCAGAGUAAAGAAGCCGUGGGCGACGUGCAAGUAGCGAACGACCUACGGAGUGACUCACGAAACGAGCUGGAGCUCGGAAAUUUGGUUGUCGAUAGCAUACUUUGCAGCAACGACAACAGGGUGGAAAUGGCAGAGUCCGCGGGCCCGAUUCUUCACGUCAUUGUCGUCGGUUUUCACCAUAAGAAAGGAUGCCAGGUCGAGUACUCGUUUCCCCCAUUAGUUCCUGGUGCCCCCAACGAAUGUCCAUUGGGAUGGAAAUACCUGCCGACUCUUGCUUUGCCAGAUGGAUCUCACAACUAUGACGAAGACACAGUCUAUUUUCAUCUUCCUAGUCUCAACGAUCCUAACCGUACAAUUUAUGGAGUCUCUUGUUUCAAGCAAAUUCCUGUAGAGAAAUUAGUUAAUCGCACAUCCGAUAUAACAAGGGGCACUGUGCAAAAAUCAGUUUGUGUUUUGAGUACAAUACCUCUGUAUGGCCAUAUACAAGUGAAGAUGGCUCUCAUAACUCAUGCAUACUUUGACGAGGGCGAUUUUAGCAAGGUAUCGUUGUUGGAAGAAACAUAUCAUCAUUUGAACUCUUGUAUGAGCGGUGACAGUCAUAUGCCUCCGCAAGUUUUCAUAGGUUUAUCAGCAAGAGAUUUUAUACUCCAAUUCCGCCAUAAAGCUUUACUACUGUUUAAACUGUUACUCUUAGAAAAGAGAGUAGUCUUUUAUCAAUCUCCUGUACAGCCUUUGUGCUCAGCCAUACUCACUCUACUGUCAUUAUUUCCUGGAAUGAUUGAAACUGGUUUGCAGCAAGCAGCUUGUGUUAGGCCUUCUAGACCUAUGUCUCCCAUCCCUAACUUUGAGGAAAGUGAAUUCGACUCCAAACUAGACUCGAAUUUGACCGAAACGAACGCCUCAUCUAACAGUAACUUAUCGAGUUCAGCGGCCAAGAGGAUAUCCGAAGACAAACUCGAUGACACUUCUUAUUGCCUCAACGAUAACAAAACAGUCGAGACCAUGGAGGGCAAGUGCAUCGACUUUGAGAUAAACGCUACGGGCGAGGACUGCGCCGAAGUUUUCGGAGACGAACAAAAGGCCGACAUGGUACAUCGAGUGCACAGCGUUAACGCGAUAAAUGUCGGAACUGCUGGUGAAGCGGACAAUAAUUUACCAAGAGACACGAGCAGUGACGCUCUGUCCGAAGCAAGAGUCACCAGCAGCAUCACGCAGAUCGCCAAUAUAGAUCCGGAAUUGUGUGGAAUGCCUUUAAGCCUCUUUACAAAGGGUUAUUUGUGUCUACCAUAUUUAUCUCUGCCAUACUUAGAUCUGCUAGGAGAUGUUAAUGUUAGAGGCUACGUUGUAGGAGCUACUAAUGUUUUGUUCAAACAAAAGAAACAGCUUAUAGAUGUUUUGGUAGAAGUCGAAAGCGCGAGAAUCGAAGCAAACGAUCCAGAACUGCGUCGUCAGUUGCAUCUGACAACCGAGGAUCUGAGGUUCGCCGAUUACAUAGUUCGUCACGUAUCCGAGCCAAAGAAGGACAACUUCUUCGACGGCGUGGGCUGGGAAGGCGGUGACGAGUGGAUUCGUACGCAGUUCCGCGUUUAUCUGCUCUGCUUACUGAGGACUUCGCUGCAACAAGAUCCGCGUCAAACCGAUCAUUACAACGCGGCUUUUAUGAAUGCCUGGCGCGCUACGAACAAUUUCAAGAUGUGGUCGGACUUGAGUAACGCGGAAAUCAAUUGCGUCGAACCGGGACACCCUUUUGCCGGACAAUUGUCGGUUCAAGACAUGAAGCUGCGGUUGUCUCAUACGAUGCAAAAUACCGAAGGUGGAAGAAAACUCAAUCAAGCCAUGGCAUCAACGGGAAGAGCUGUGGCAACCACUGGAAAAGCAGUGGGUGGUGCUAUAUCUCAAGCCAAGGGCGCCUUCUCGAAUUGGUGGAGUACGCUAACGACGGUUCAGCCGAUGGACAACGGAGAGUCUAAAGCUUGUGAUAAUCAGCAACAAGACGUGCGUCCACUUCCAGCCAUUAUGCCACAGCAACAGCAUACAUUACAUUUGGUACCUAAGGUCAAUUCGGAAGAUCUCCAGCAAACGACGGCGAGCGUGAUGGAUAGUCGACCCUGAAGGCAUUAUGCACAAAACAUGUAUAAAUAAUGGAAAGGUGACUUAUAAUGAUAUAGGCAGAAAAAAGAUGUCCCUCUCUCAAUGGGGGAGGAUCUUUAAAGGGAUUCUCUGUAUCUUUCUUAGUAAAAGAGAGGUUUUUUUAGUAUAGCUUAAAAUUUAUAAAUCAGAUAGUUUUGGUUGUUUAUAAAAGAAAAAUUCUCAUUACUAUUAGAUUCAACCUAUUAAUAUACAAAAGUUUUUAUAAACUGCCAGUAAUGUGUGGAUUUGUAAAUUUUAAUCUAUAUCAAUCACUCGUACAGUAACUAAAAAUAUCAGAAUCCUACCUCAGAAAAUAUCAAAGGUGAGGCUUUUCAACUUUGUUUUCAACUUUGAAUAUUAGUAGAGGUGUACAGAAGAACCCAUUAAAACUUAGAUGCAACAUUUUCAUGAAAAAAAUCUGUUUGUAAAGGUUAUAUCUGUACAUCUUCUAACACAUCGUUGAAUAUCACUUCACUCGUUCAUUAAAGUACUUUUUUAUACCUUUUUUUAAUUAUAUUUAAUUUAAUUUUCUAACCAGUUCAAAUUAGAAAGAGAUUAAAAAAAGUUGCGUUUAGUCAUUUUUAAUGUACUUAUAUAAAUUUAGAAAUUUUGCCAGAAUCUAAGCGUUCAUACGACCUGAAAAAAGCUUCACCCAGUAUAUAUAUAUAUAAAGCACAGAUGGAUGUGAUAAGUAUGCAAACCCGUAGUCAAGAUGACCCUCAUUUUAUAGCACGCGCACACUAUCUUGCUGAAAAUGAAUCGAAAUGUUAAAAAUUAUCCCAGUGGAAAAUUUAAAUUACACCUUCGAGGUAAAGUUUCACUUCUGACAAAAUAUGUAUUUUGCAUACUGUUUGAAAUCAUACAUAUAUAAAUAAUUGUAUAUAUCGCAAAUCCAUACUUGUUCAAGACAAUAUAACUGAUGCACGUUAAUUACUUUCCUUCGUCGUAAGCGCGUGUAAUUAUGUUAAGUGAUAAUUUUUCGCUCUCUUUGUAUAUCGAUAUGAAAAUCGGCAAACGAUCCUUACCAACUUUUUGCUAAAAGAAAAUCAUUAUUCUAAUUCCAAUUUAUCAUUCCUUAUAAUUUGUAAGCUUUAAUUGUUAUAUUAAUAAUGAAUGUGAAUCAGUGAUCUAUUUCUAAGUAUUUUUUUAUGAUUUCUAAAUCGUGUUAUUCAGAUCUUUCGCGGCUAUUAAAUAGCCCAAAACAUUCGAGCAUACUAUGGAAUGAGGGAAUGGAGUAUUAUUUAUCCUAGAACUAGGUGCAUAAAGCAGGGUAGUGUAGUUAUAGUAAUCUAUGUAAGAAAAAUUAUAAACUAUAUUUACCAUGAGAAAAAUGUUUGAUGGUACGAUAGAUUUUUUUAUUAUAAAUAUAGGUAAAUGUACAGUGCAAUCAAGCUUAAUUAAGCUAUAGUAAAGUAAUUUUCUUAUAUCGGUUCGUACGCGCUUACGAGAUACAUCGAAUACGUCACACACAAUACUUACAACAUUGAACGAGACAUAAACGCAUAUACAGUUUGCUACGCGGAAAACUUUUAUGUGAUACUUGGUUUACUUGAUUAUUAUUUUUAAGUUUUUUUUUUUUAUGCUUCGGAUCCAAGGAAAUGUGCUUUUUGUACGUAUUCGUUACAAUGUUUAUGUUUAAGCAAACUUGAUUAUACAUUGAAAUAUCAGCUGUUGAGACAAUUCCAGUUUUUCCUUUUUGUACAUAUACAAGAAAAAGUUUGCAGUAAAUAAUAUAUACAUCAUAGACAUUAACCAAGUGUUUUGAGAAUUAUAAUUAUAAUUAUGACACAGAUAAUCUAAGUUUUCAUUAAUAAAUACAAACAACGUUGCGCAAUCAUUGACAGUAGAUAAUAACAUUGAACGUUAUCUCCAAUUUUUAUCAGAAUCUCUGUUGACACUCUAUACAAAUUCAUGAUGAAUCUAACGAAAUACUCGAAAAUCGGAUUUUGAUUGUAUGCAAAGUUGUGAAAUGAUACGAAAAGACGAAGGAAAAUAAGAUUUACGAGAUUUCGAACGUCUAAUCGAACUUUGCCUAAUAUCUGUUUCGUAAACGACUUUUUACAUGCAUCGUAGCUUUAUAUAAGCAAAUCGUGUUUUAGCUGUUAACUACGAAGUAUAAGCUCAAGCGUUUUUAAAUGCACGAAAAGGAGAAGAUAGUGCGUCGACUUAAUGUCCUCGAUCUUCGCGAAGUUAAGUAAUUGUGCAAAAAAAAGGAACAAAUAUGUCUUUUUUAUUGUACUUUUAUCUCGAAUGAGGAGGAAAAAGAAGCGCUCGAGAAGUAUUAAUGAAUUUUUAUUGUACAGAUAAUAAAAAAAAGAAAAUAUUGUGAACUUAUAUUUAUAAAUGAACUUGAAGAAUGUUAUGAAAAGUUGAGGCGGAGGACAUUAAGAUUGCAAAUGAUACAUAAUAUUAACAAUAAAAAUAAAAAUGAUACAAUUAUAAUUGUUUGUGAAAAAUGAAAUUGUAAGUACGUGUAAAGCUGACAAUUUCCUAAAUUGUUUUAAAAAAUAAACGAUUUGCUAAAUCAAAA